UUUUUAUCUUUAAUGCAAAUAUGCAAACCCUUUGUAUUUGUGAACUCCGUCUUUUUGCCCGUUAAAUUGCAUUUAUAAAGUAAUUCAGAUUGGUAUGUAGUUCUAAUCGAGUUUUUGUUCAUUUCCGCAUCGCAGCGAGAGGACUUCAACUCCCAGAAUCCUUUUCAGUGCAUAUAAAUAAAGCUUUUUUGUCUGGGCUGAGCGCUUCUCAGCUGUUGUGCCGUAAGGGUACAUUAAAAUGUGGCGACUUUGGCUGCUGAGGUGCAGGUGGUAAUGAAAGUUGUAUUGUUUUGCCGUAAGGGUCGUGUUGUCUGUGUUAAAUUUCCCCGAACUCAUCUUUAGAGGACUGCACGCGGCUUCAGCAUGAAUAUGCACUUUGAAGGAUCCAGCAAAGUCACGCUGUUGUUUGAUUUCUGGGAUGUGCGUGGGCCUGCAGGAAUGGUGCUGUCGGUCUUUGUAGUUCUUCUGCUCACCGUGAUCUACGAGCUUCUGAAAGUGUGGAAGAUCACUAUUGGAAAACAGAAGCAAUCCUUCAUUACACAUCCAUCCGCUCCGGUGUCAUUCUCACCGGAACCAUCCUGUUUCGCCCCCGUCAUGAAGCGUCAAGAGGGAAGCUCUGCUCUGACCAACAGCCCCUCUGAGAUCUCAUUAGCUGCCACCGAGAAUAUGGCCGCUACUGCAGACACCACCACCGCUGCUAAGAAGUGCUGGCUUCUACACUGCCUCCAGACCGCCAUUCACAUUCUGCAGGUGACGCUAGGCUACAUGCUCAUGCUCUGCGUCAUGUCCUACAACGUGUGGAUCUUCCUGGGGGUCAUCAUGGGGUCCGUCUUGGGAUACUUUCUGGCUUUUCCUCUACUGAAUCACAUUUGAGAAGAGAUGAGAGAACAAAAACAUGAGGCGGCAUCUCGAAAUGUUCAACCGAGUUGACUGUGGACUCAAAAUCAAAAAUGUUUCCUGUUGCUCUUGAUAUAAUGAUGCCAGGUUUGUGUGGCCAUGAUCAAUAAGACAUGCAAGAGAUGUUGUGAUAUAUAGACUGAACGGGGAUGAUUCUCAUUUUUAACGUUUCAGGUUGUAUUUUAAAGAUCAUGCAUGAAA